GAAGAGAAGAGCGCAGAGGAAACUCUCCGACAGAAACGUUAGAGACGGAGACACGACGGGUGCUUCCUUUGUCACAAGCGCGAGCUUGGGUCCCGAGGGGGACGGGUUGCCGGGAGCUAUGGACAACGCCUAUGCAAGAUCCGUCUUAGAGGUUUUGCAGUACUUCCGUGUGGAUCCAUCCCAAGGGCUGAGUGAAAGUCAGGUCCUAGAAUAUCGAGCAAUUCACGGUCAAAAUGUUCUACCCGUGGAAAGUGGUACGCCGUUUUGGAAGUUAGUUUUGAAGCAGUUCGAUGAUUUGCUGGUGAAGAUCUUGAUAGCAGCGGCAGUGGUAUCAUUCCUGCUUGCUAUCAUGAACGGCGACACAGGCUUCACGGCUAUUGUGGAACCCUCUGUGAUUUUGCUGAUUCUGGCGGCGAAUGCCGCUGUAGGGGUCAUUACCGAAACAAACGCAGAGAAAGCCCUUGAGGAACUGAAGGCGUACCAGGCAGACGUCGCUACAGUUUUGAGAAAUGGUCUCUGGUCAAUAUUGCCGGCUUCAGAGCUAGUUCCUGGAGACCUUGUGGAGGUCGCAGUUGGAUGCCAGAUACCUGCAGACAUGAGACUGGUUGAGAUUCUGGGGUCUCAGCUUCGAGUUGAUCAAGCGAUCUUGACUGGAGAGAGCUGCUCGGUUGGGAAGAGUACAGAAGCAACUGCGUCGCAGAAAGUGGUGUACCAGGAUAAAACAAACAUCCUCUUCUCUGGAACAGUUGUUACAAUGGGACGUGGAAGAGCUGUGGUAGUUGGUAUUGGCAGCAGAACUGCUAUGGGAAAGAUUCAUGAUGCUAUGUCUCAAGCCACUGAGGAGAUGACUCCUCUGAAGAAAAAGCUGGAUGAGUUCGGUUCUUUUCUUUCAAAGGUUAUUGCCGUGGUUUGUAUUCUGGUUUGGAUAGUGAACAUCGGCCACUUUCGAGAUCCAGCACAUGGAGGCAUAGUACGCGGAGCAAUAUACUACUUCAAGAUAGCUGUGGCACUGGCGGUGGCAGCAAUACCGGAAGGACUUCCUGCUGUUGUCACAACCUGUCUGGCCCUUGGCACUAAAAAGAUGGCGAAAUUGAAUGCAAUUGUGCGCUCUCUGCCCUCAGUGGAGACUUUGGGUUGUACCACAGUCAUAUGUAGUGACAAGACAGGCACUCUUACAACAAACAUGAUGUCCAUUUCCAAGGUGUGUGUUGUGCGUUCUGCACAUCGUGGACCUAUCGUAGCGCAAUAUGACGUAACCGGAACAACAUAUGCUCCAGACGGCAUUAUACGUGAUUCCACAGGAGUUCAGCUGGAGCAUCCAGCUGACUUGCCUUGCCUGCUUCAUUUGUCAAUGUGCUCCGCACUUUGCAAUGACUCGAAAUUACAAUACAACUCAGAGAAGGGUGCAUAUGACAAGAUUGGAGAGUCGACAGAAGUGGCCCUGCGCGUUCUAGUUGAGAAGGUUGGACUUCCGGGAUUUGAUUCCAUGCCAUCGGCCUUAACAAUGCUCAGCAAACAGGAACGUGUGUCUUAUUGCAACAACUACUGGGAACAACAGUUUAAAAAGGUCUCAGUCCUGGAAUUUGCUCGUGAUCGAAAAAUGAUGAGUGUGCUGUGCACACGAAAAAACCAGGACAUAAUGUUUUGCAAAGGAGCCCCGGAGAGCAUUUUGUCCAGAUGUAGCAGUGUGUUAUGUAAUGAUGAUGGUUCUGCCGCACCUAUGACUUCAGAAAUACGUGCUGAACUUGAAGAGAAACUUUUCAGCUACGGGCAGAAAGAGACGUUACGAUGCUUGGCUCUGGCAUUGAGGCCUAUUCCACAUGGAUCUCAAACAAUGUCUUAUGAAGACGAGUGCAAUCUUACAUUUGUUGGUGUGGUUGGAAUGCUAGAUCCUCCACGAGAGGAGGUUAGACAGGCCAUAGCUACAUGCAAGUCAGCUGGGAUCCGCGUCAUAGUCGUUACCGGUGAUAAUAAGGCAACAGCAGAAUCUGUCUGUCGUCUUAUUGGUGCGUUUGAUCCACUCGACGAUUUGACUGGGAGGUCAUAUACAGCUUCAGAGUUUGAAGAGCUACCUCCUAUGCAGCAAAGCCUCGCAAUCAGAAAAUUGGUCCUCUUCUCCCGGGUUGAACCCGCGCACAAGAGUAUGCUGGUGGAAGCUUUGCAGCUUCAAAACGAAGUGGUGGCAAUGACCGGCGAUGGUGUCAACGAUGCACCUGCCCUGAAGAGGGCCAACAUAGGCAUAGCUAUGGGUUCUGGUACAGCCGUGGCAAAGGGAGCAUCUGACAUGGUUUUGGCCGACGACAAUUUUUCAACUAUUGUUGCAGCUGUUGCUGAAGGAAGGGCGAUAUAUAAUAAUACCAAGCAGUUUAUCAGAUACAUGGUGUCCUCGAAUAUUGGAGAAGUUGUCUGCAUCUUCUUAGCUGCAGCUGUGGGAAUGCCAGAGACUCUAGUACCUGUGCAACUUCUUUGGGUUAAUCUUGUGACGGAUGGACUUCCAGCUACAGCUCUUGGAUUUAAUAAGCAGGACCAUGAUGUGAUGAUGACUCGUCCUCGCAAGAUGGAGGAGGCUAUUGUAAACGGCUGGCUUUUUUUCCGUUACGUCGUAAUUGGUGCCUAUGUGGGACUAGCGACUGUUGGUGGCUUCGCUUGGUGGUUUCUUUUCAGUGAAGAGGGCCCUAAGCUGACCUGGGCACAACUGGUGUCUUUUGACAGUUGUGUUGAAGGACAAGCUAGCUAUUCUUGUACCAUAUUUCAAGAUCGACACCCAUCAACAAUAUCCAUGAGUGUCCUCGUAGUUGUGGAGAUGUUCAAUGCUCUGAACAAUCUUAGCGAAAACCAAAGCCUGCUGGUUCUGCAUCCUUGGAGUAAUCUAUGGUUACUUGGAGCCAUCACCGUGUCCAUGCUUCUUCAUUUUGCCAUCCUCUACGUUCAUCCGCUGGCGUUGACUUUCUCAGUUACAUCGCUAUCGUGGUCCGAAUGGAAAGCAGUACUGUGGUUCUCUUUUCCUGUAAUUAUUGUCGAUGAGCUGCUGAAAUUCAUGUCCAGACGGUUGAAAGGUGACGGACCCGUGAUAAAUUUAAAGAGCUGGAUGAUACUUCGAAACACUUCGAAAGAGAAUCUUAAGCAUCUGCUGUCAAGGUAGAACCACGAACACUCGCGCACUGGAAAGAUAAUCCAGAUUUCCUGCGAAUUAGGAGAUUUGAAAAUAUCGUCUCCGGACUUUCACAGAUGUCUCUUAUCUUUCUGUCCCAUGAUAGCAGGUCUUGUUAGCCUAAGCGUUUACUCACUCGCAUGUUCUUUAAGGAGCGUGCAUCUUAUGAAGAAAAUGUCAAUCAGUUAUGACUUGCAGUUGAAAACACCAUUUUUUCAUGGUUUAACUCAUGGUAGGAAAUCAGACAUCAUGAUCAGGUGCUAGUCAUUUGUGACAGCAGUCAGCUAGUAUCGUUGACGCAGCUUUCGUAAUCAAUCGGCUUCGUGCACGGGAAAUUAACAAG